AUGGACGGCUCGGCUAUCACGUACGCAACGUCCAAGGACUGGCUGGACAUCAUGAAGAAUCGAUCAAAAGUGCGCAUGCACGAGCUGAUCGAGCGUCUUGGACUACGCGCAAAAUGGUCGUCCAAUAAACGCGGCAAGACAAACUUUGAAUCCGCCCUGGUGCGCGAACUGGUCGCAGAUAUGGGUGAUGUCGUCUCCACACUACCAAAAGAGCCAGAUGAGCUUAUGAAGUUUCUAAGCGACGAGGGAAGUCUGAAAGAGGAGGUUGAUGGCUUACUUGAGAAACAUGGCGCUAAGGUCUGGGGAAGAGUGGGGGACCGUGAGCAUCUAAUCACAGCGAACGAACCCGGGGUUGAAGAAGGUCUCUACCCCAGGGAUCUCUACAUUGAAAACGAGGAGGACAGGGCACUAAUUCACAAACUCCUCCAUUGGUGGAUCGGACUGAAAGCAUGCAAUGUCAUUCUUGCGCGCGAACGUCUGGACCGCGAAAGAAGAAAGAAGGCAGAGAACCGACAAGCGCGAGCUGACGCCGAGUUUUCUGGUCAGCAAGAGGGUGGUACGCCAGCAUCCUUUGUUGCGCUUGCACCAAAUUCAGUAUUGCAUGAUGGCGACACAGCCUCACGUGGAAGCCCCAUGUCAUCGAGCGCGAUGCUUACGCCUCCAGAAUCUGGUGAGAGUCCUACUAUAGGACCUCGAGAAGGAGCCGGGUUCACAGCUCUCAACGGCAGUGCACAUGCGACGAAUGGUAACGCAGCGUUCACGUCCACGAAAACACACGAACAGCAGGUUUCGCAACAGCCCAAUAGUAUCGUCGAGGGUGUCUGGAAUAAGCUCGCUGCUGAGGCAUCCAAAUCUCGGUACCUUAGCACACUGUCAGGACCUGCUCCCACCCAGGCCGCACAUUCUACAGAAACCAAAGCAGCAGUACAACAGCAGAUCGCAAACGCAACCCAAGCUGCUGCCGAUAGGCAAAUUAGUGUUCAAAUGGCCGCGCUGGUCGCAAGCUUUCGGUCGGAUGACGGUGUACCAGAAGAGCUACCACAGCCAAACAACAGUAUGUCGUAUCGUGGGUUGGACUACGAUGGCUUACGAGCACUACGCCAGUAUAUCUACGGAGAAGAGCGUGGCGUCUCAAUGGACGAGGAAGCUCUCCUUAACCAACUUGAAAGAACAUGGCGAGAAGGCGUCCGAGCCGACUACAACAGGAUAAUUGAGAACAUUCCCGUCUUCAUCGCCAGGGAGCGAGCAUUUUUAACAUGGGUGGAACUGAAGCGACAUUUAUCAGCUCUGUUACGAGCAAACGACCGUUGGUCAGCCGAAGGCCACACAGCCGCCGAAAUUGAGCGCCGCAUUCAACAGCACCGCACACUUAUGGGCUGCACACAAACGAUCAUCGCCAACUUUGAAGACAUUGGCCAAGGCUUCGGUCUCGGCCCCAAUGUCGCUGUGGACCGCGAUGAGCUGCUGCGACAAGCUCUCGUGGUAUUAGCUGGGGAAAAGUAUGCUGUUGAGAUGCAGUGGAAGCCUGUAGACUUUACGCAAGUCAUGGGAUGGCUGCACGACCACUUGGAAAGCUUCCGCAAGGAAGAAGAAGAAGAGGGAAAGGGUAUGCUCUGGUAUAUUGGCGAGUCACGACGCUACUCAAAAGAUAACUUGGCCCUGGAUCUUGAGCACGGCGUGCGACGAUGGGAUCGCGCUCGAUGGAUCUCUGUCUUCAGCUCGCAUAAUCCAACUAUACGCGAAGUGACGGAAUGCUUGGGUCUGGGCCUAUCCGCGUCUUCCUCCACCACCAACCGCGGCAUUCCGAAGUUCGACAACCCAGACUACCGCAAGUUGUCGAGUGAGGUGACGAAACUAUCAAAGGAACUACCAAAAGAAAGAGAUGCAUUGCUGGAUUUUGCAGCGGAUCCGAGUUCCCUGAACCAGGAGCUUGAAGAGCUGCUAGCGAGUUACGGACCCGCUAUUUGGGGCAGGGAUGCAGACCGGAGCUGUUUACUUACACCAGACCCGACCAAGAAGACGUACAACAAGGACCUGUUUUACGAAGAACCUGAGCAUAAGGAUAUUCUCAAGAUCCAUCUGCAUCGGUGGAUCAUCAUCAAAGCGUGCUACUAUAUCCGCAACAUGAAGCUGAAGAGGCCGUCGGGCGCGAACGAGUAUGACCAGCUCGCCGACAUCGAUGGCGAGGGUCUUUCGCCGCAUGGAACGCCACAGUCACUCACUCCACCAGAUCCGGAAACUGUUGCCACCACCGAAUUUGAAGUUAAACCCAUCAAUCUGAAGAAGCGCAAGAGCAAUGCUCACCUGACCAUGUCUGACGACGACGAACUUGAAGCCUCCCCUGUUAAGCGGCCUUACAGCACGAUGCCCGUGAGUCGAAAAGGCAGUCCGAGAAAGUCACUGAAGUCACUCUACCCUGCGGGUCCAGGCAGCACAGAGAACAUUCCUCCAAUGCCGACACAUAGCCUUCUCCAUCGAUUCUCCCCGGCGCCAGGAACCGCAUCCGAGCCCGCUCGAUUACAGCUCAGUCCCCUAUCAAACAAUGACCUGAACGGCGUGUCAAGGCCUUCCGCUGUCACGCAGAAUUCUACGAGUUCAGCACCUGGAGGCUUCACCGCAGUUAAUACUGGAAGUUUUACUGCUGUCAACAACACACCUUCUGCGAGUGAGCCACCCCGAGAACCAGUACGGGAACAAACAAGAGAGCCUUCGAGGGAAGUGCAUCGAGCUCCUCAUCCAAUUGGGCAUCGUCACAGCAACAGCUAUACAAGCCCAUAUGAGCCAUCCUCACAUAGUACGGCAAUGGCUCGAUCUGCUACAGACACACCUCGCUCUGCACCGCCAGCUACUCCUACGCCGGCUCCCAACCAAGGAUUCUCAGCAGUCAGCACAUCUUCAGCAGCUAAUGGAGCGGGCGCACAUAUGAAGAAGGAGUCUCCUGCCGUUCAGCCUGUUCAACAUGCGCAUAUUGCUCCACAACCACAACAGCAAUCACAACCGCCGCAACCGCAACAGCAGCCACCGCAAGCACAGCCACAAGGAUCACAACAGACACCGUCUCAUACUCCACAUCAGCAUCACGCGUCGCCACAUGGGCAACCACCUCAACCGCAUCAUUCUCAGCAUGCGCAUCUCCCUUCUCAUCCGCACAUUCAGGCUCAACAUCAGCCUCUACCUCGACCACCAAGUCGGGCUAAUACCCCAAGCCAUCCUUUCGGCCGUUCUCUUGCACCUCAUCCCCGCAGUAGAUCUAGUACACCACUUGCGCAGGCCGCACCUAAUCAGCCGGCGACGGCACCUAAUAAGCAGGUCACAUCUGCACCCGCGAUACAAAGCGCUCCAGCGUACGGCAUACAGCUCGUACCGACGCAAGAAGCACCUCCAGCACCAUCGAGCAGGCAGCGACUGCCAUCAAAUUCUAGUCAACCUGCUGCACCACAACAUGCGUCACCUCAUCAAUCUCACCAGCCUGUACUAAAAAGCCAACAACCGCAACAACCACCAGAAAUGGCUCAUGCCGUCCAGCCACCACAGACCUUCCCUAGGGGCUCAGUAUCUACAUCCACAGCCGACCUUCGGCUCCUCCAAUGCGAAGUAACAGCUGGCCUCUUCACAUUCUUCUACCCACGUACCACGAUGCCACCAGAUGAGCCCGCCCUGCUUGUGCGCAUGCACACGCUCUGGUUCCACGGUGAGAGCCUCUUCCGCGCCGAGCUUCCUCAACACUUCGACCUCGUCUCCAAGAUCCUGACGGCUUGGCUGCACGAACGCCAGGCCAUCGCCUCGUUGCGUCAUUCUAUGCAAGCGAAUCCUGGUGUCUCGCACGUAGGGCUGGUAGAUCGUUUGCUCGCCAUGAACGAUCUCCGGGCUAUGCGACUGAAGUGGAAGAACAUGAGUUCAAUUGAUGGACUGAGUCCCGAGGAUCUGCUCUGCAUGGCGUUUAGAGUCAUGACGAACACCGAGGGCUCGGAAUACCUAUUCAAGGACGGGCUGGCUAGGCUCGAGCUUGGCGUUUUCGAGUUCCUACGCAGCGAAGACUCGAAGAUUGUUAUGCAGAGGCGGGAUACUAGGGCCGGGUGA